AGCAGGCUCGUCGCAAGUGUUACUACGACUACAACACAGUUGAAAAGCUUUCCUUGUGCUUCAUUUGGAAAGCUACACAAUGAGUCAUCAUCAACCUCAAGCCCCCGAAAAUGGCAAUGCCGCAAAUGUUUCUGUAGAGAAAACACAGCAUGAGAUAAGCGAUACCAUAGUGGAUGCAGAAAUGACGCCUCUGGUUAGGGAUGAAGAAAAGCCGACUCUCGCCCAGGAACUACGACGUUCCCACAGCAACUCGAGCUCGUCCGGUGAUGAAGAAGAAGAAGGGCGCGAGAAGAAAAAGAAAAAGGAAGCAGCCAAGGAAGAGCUCGAGCACAAGAUAACGGAUGAGGAAUUAGAAGCAGGUGGGGAGCUUGAAAAAGAGUCCAUUCCAGUCCAAAAACCUGAUGAAGCAAUGCAUCCGGAGGAAAAGAAGGGGAUUUUGGAGAAAAUAAAAGAGAAGCUCCCAGGUCAUAGAAAAGAUGAAGAAGACGCACUGGAGUGCGCUCCGGAGAAGAAAGGGAUCCUGGAAAUGAUCAAGGAGAAGAUCCCCGGUUGUCACAAGGUCGGAGACAAUGCCAAGAAGGACGACUGACAACAACCUAUCUACUUGCUAGUACGCAUUGGGUGUUCUAACUUCUAAGCAAUAUUCUCGCCGUAUGCUGUUUGCUGCUGUUCAUAUUUCCUACUAGUAAGACUGUUUGAAAUGGGACUUCAAAGCAAUGUCUAUCACUUAGCCAGUGUGUUUUUUA